UGUGGUUAUUUGCAUGUAUUUGUCCAGAAGAUUUUUUAGUUUCAUCGCCCAGUCUCCAGUAAACACAAUCUCCUAUCAGUGCCCAUUGCGGAUGUUGCGAGGAAAGAACUAAAUUUGGAAAUAUUUCUUAUAUUACUCAAAAGAAAGUAUAGAAACUGUGUAUUUUUUUUUAUAUUUUUUUUAUUCAAUUUGGAGUUUUACAAAAUGCCUCACCUCCGGUCCGUCAAACGUAUUACGCAUUUGCAACUGAUUUUCAUCUGUUGUCUAAUAUUUUACUGGAUUCACCAUGUGAGUGGUAUAUACGAAACGCGUCGCUUCUCCGAUCGUUCGCGAAUACUAUGUGAAAAUCCUGAACCGCUACCAAAUGGCUUUUCAGCGCUGCGACGUCGGAAUAUGAUGCUGCUUCACUAUUGCAAUAACGGCUUCAAGUUGUUCGGUGAUCGGCGUACGACUUGCAACCGUGGCAAAUGGGUUGGCAAUCGUCCAAUUUGUGCAAGCAAUGUAUGUGAUAUUCCGGCGAAGAAUCCAGAAAAUGGCAGAAUACAAUAUGUGGAUCAGUAUCAUAUCGGUAUCUACUGUGCGGAGCGCUUUGAAUUGGCUGGUAAUCGAUAUGCUUAUUGCAACGGCACCGAUUGGGAUCGUCCGCUGGGCUAUUGUAGGCCACGCCCCGGCAAAGUGAGUCACGAAUGUGAUUUUGAGCCAGAGGACAUGUGCGGUUGGGUUACGGACAUAGCCGACGGUUUCAAAUGGAAACGCACCAUGGCCACUAAUGUAUUCACCUCGUUUCACACUGGACCACGUUACGAUCACACUACAAUGCAAGUCAGUGGUGGUCAUUAUAUGCUGAUGGAAAGUUUCGGUGCCACAUCAACGCCAGCCGCCCUCACCUCCCCCAUAUAUGAACGUGCCAUAAGCCUGAAGACUGCGUGUUGCUUUCAAUUUUACUAUUUAAUGUAUGGCGCUGGUGUUGGGAAUUUAAGAGUCUACAUUAAACCGUUGACGAAAAUGCUAUCCGUAGUUAUUGACGACAAAACAACCUAUUUAAAGUUCACCAAGUCUGGUAAUCAGAAUAAUAACUGGAACGAGGCACACUUUUAUAUAGACGAAAUGGAGGAUGAUUUUCAAAUAGUAUUCGUCGCGGAUGGCGCCAAAAAUCACUUAAGUGACAUAGCUAUAGACGAUGUGAAAAUAAUGUUUGGCACCGAAUGUAAGGCUUUGGAUAAUCAUGAUGAUGAACCCGAUGACUCCGCUGAGAAUGAGAACACCACUACAGAACAAUCUAUCUACGACACUUUAUCGUGCGUGUCACGUUGCGGCAAUAAGACGAAGCUCGGUAUAAUGCGCAAUGCCACACAUUUGAUAGGUCUUUGCAGUUGUGACGAUAGUUGUAUAGCUGACGAUGAUUGCUGUCCGGAUUAUACGAAAGUGUGUCUCGAUGCGCCACUGGAGUCGACCACGGUUAAUAUACCGAACACUACAACAACCACGGUUAGAGGUGAUACGAAAUCGACAACAGCAACAUUAAAAGAAAUUAUAAUCACAAAAGCAACAACCAAUACAAGCACUACGGCAACGACAACAACUACAAUGACAACAACCAAAAGGCCCACAACCACAAGUACAAGCACUACAACAAUGCGUCCGACUACAUCAACCACACAUAAGCCAAUAACAACAAGCACGCGCAAGGCGAUAACCACCCCAACCACAACAUACAAGCCAAAGCUUACAACUACUAAACGCACAACACCCUCAACAACAACAACAACAACAACAACAACCACAAUAACAACAACCAAAAUUCGUACAAUACCAACAACAAUAACAACGUCUACAAAACGUUUCACUACGCCAACCACAAUUUUACCUGUGCCUCAAACUUAUACACUCUACACACAACCCAUUCUAAGCGUGACCACCGUCGCGACUAUUGGCCACAAAAAAGCCGCAAGCGAGGCCAAGGAAAUACCAGCAAAAAAUCAAACGCGAACCAAUGUCAACACACAUACCUGGGAAUGGCAUCCGAAGCCUGAGUCAAACCCGCGCGGAACUUUGGUACUACUAUUUAUAUUCGGGAUACUGCUUAUAACUAUUGUUACAGCUGUAAUAUAUAGGCAAAAAGAAGCACUCAAGGCCAUUUGGUUACGAAAAAAUGGAAAUGAGGGUGGCGCAGAAGACAGUAACUCGAUAAUAGCAAAUUUUGCACCAGAACACGCUACUCGCAAUGACAGUAAUGCGACUAAUGGAAGCAAAGCCGGAAAUCAUAUAAAACUGUCGUUUCCCGGCUUAAGAAAGGGUAGGUCGGAUAAACGUGGAUGCUCAGAUGAAGAACCACUGUGUAGUGAACAUCAUAGCGACGACAUACCACUUCUCUGAGUAAACGAGGUUCCGAAGAGAAAUGUAUUCCGCGCUCAGCUAACCAUAUUAAAUGUUUUUUAAAUUGUUCCAUAAUAAUCUAAGUAAAAUAGCAUUUCACUAUUGCUAUAUUUGUUUAAUUUCAGUAAACAUAUUUUUCAAAACUCAUACGAAUUUUCUCAGAAAGCAAAAAGAUAGCUACAAAUUUAUUAUAAAAAAAAAUAAUUUUUGUAAAACAUUUAUCAGUAAAA